AUGGCUACUCCUACUCCAGAAAGUCGUCCCAUCGGAUAUAGCUAUGGCUAUUCAGACGACGUGGACAAGAUUCGCGAGCAGGAAUAUCCCCACCUUGACAAAACAACUUACGCCGAUCAUGCUGGCACGACGCUCUAUGCGAAGUCCACGAUCGAAGAGUUCUCCAAGGAUAUGAUGUCCGGCCUCUUUGGAAACCCACAUUCCGUGUCUCUCUCCUCCCAGCUUUCUACCACCCGAACUGAUGAUAUUCGACUGAGGGUUCUACGCUUUUUCAACGCUGAUCCGGAUGAAUUUGAUCUGGUCUUCGUGGCUAAUGCAACGGCCGCCAUCAAGGUCGUCGCCGACAGUCUCCGUGACGCUGAUCACCGGGGCUUUUGGUAUGGUUACCACAUUGAUGCUCACACGAGUCUCAUCGGAGUUCGUGAACUUGCAGAGUUGAACCAUCAAUGCUUUAUGAGUGAUGCCGACGUCGACAAAUGGAUCCCUGAGAUAGCCUCGAACCCAACAAAGGCACCCAGACUGUUCGCCUUUCCGGGCCAGUCCAACUUGAACGGCCGACGUCUCCCUCUACGCUGGUGCAAGGAAAUCCGAGCCGCUUCUAAUGGUGGCAAUGUGUUUACUUUGCUCGAUGCGGCCUCAAUGGUUUCGACCUCCCCGCUGGACAUAGGUUCUGUUGCCCCAGACUUCACCGCACUGAGCUUCUACAAGAUUUUCGGAUUCCCUGACUUGGGUGCCCUGAUUGUGAAGAAAAGUGUUAGCCAUUUGUUUGACCGACGCCGAUACUUCGGUGGAGGUACUGUGGAAAUGGUCUUGGCAUCUGGUAGCCAGUGGCAUGCAAAGAAGGAGUCUUCUCUUCACGCGCGACUCGAGGAUGGCACUCUGCCAUUCCACAGCAUUAUUGCUCUCGAUGCCGCCAUAAACACACACGAAAGACUCUAUGGCUCCAUGGCCAACAUCUCAUAUCACACGGCAUUCCUGGCAAAACAGCUCUACGAUAGACUGUCCGCUCUGAAACACUGGAACGAGACGAAAGUCUGCGAGAUCUACCAUGCAAACUCCGUUUAUGGCGACCCAAAGAGCCAAGGUCCCAUUCUUGCCUUCAACCUUCGCAAUAGUCAGGGUGAAUGGGUUCCAAAAUCCGAGGUGGAGAAAUUGGCUACAGUCCAAAAUAUCCAGAUGCGAACCGGAACGGUGUGCAACCCUGGAGGCGCCGCAUGCUCUCUCGGAUGGACAUCGGCAGAGAUGCGCCAUGCCUACUCGAGCGGUGUGCGAUGUGGUGAUGCUCAUGACGUUAUGGGCGGUCGACCUACUGGUGUCUGCCGAGUUAGCUUUGGUGCAAUGACAAAUAUGAAGGACAUCGACUCCGUCGCUGACUUCGUCGAAGAGUUCUACGUGGAGAAGGUUCCCCCUAUCGUCGCACUCACCCCACCCUUGGAAGAAGGCGAUGUCUUCGACCGUCACUGGUACAUCGAAAGCCUUUCGGUAUUCCCAAUUAAGAGUUGUGGUGCUUUCAAAAUCCCUGAGGGCAAACGUUGGGAAGUCAAGAAAGAAGGUCUAGCAUGGGACCGCGAGUGGUGUCUCAUCCACCAAGGAACAGGUGCUGCUCUCAGCCAGAAAAGGUAUCCUCGCAUGGCUCUCAUCCGCCCCUCGAUUGAUCUCGACCGCGGCAUUUUGCGACUUACCUGUGGUGAAUCCACUGAACAAAUGACCCUCGAAAUUUCACUUGGCUGGGAAGAAACCAGUCUCAUCUCAACUUCGCUAUGUCAAAAUUCCGGUCGCAAAAAGGCGACCAUGGUAUGCGGCGACCAAAUCUCGCUACAUGCAUACGCAUCACCGGUUGUUUCAGCCUUUUUCUCCGAUUUCCUGGGCGUCCCGUGCACGCUUGCGCGCUUCCCUUCCCAAUCUGCCACCAGAUUCUCACGUCCACCCCGCCUCUCUGGUGCGUGGAAGAGCAAGUUCCGGAAGUUGCUCAUGCCCGGAUCCUUCCCCCCUGACCUCCCACCACCUGUCGUUGAACAGACUCGCCAGCAAGGCAAACCCUUGACGCUAUCCAACGAGAUGCCUAUCCUUGUUGUUUCCCGUUCAUCUGUGAAUCGUCUUAAUGAGACAAUCAAAGCGAACUCCAAACAAGGCUCAGGCGCCGGCAAAGCCGUAGCGGCCGAUGUGUUCCGCGGCAACAUAGUUGUCGCUGAGCGACUUACUCGUAUCGGUGACGCAGAACAGCCUUAUGCCGAAGACCACUGGUCUGGCCUACGCAUCGGGCCCGAUGAACUUCGUAUCGAUGUUCUCGAGGGAUGCCAGCGUUGUCAGAUGGUUUGCAUCGACCAGUUUACUGGACUGCGACGCUCCGAGCCAUUCUCUACCCUGGCAAAGACCAGAAACAUCGAUGGUAAGAUCCAGUUCGGUCGCUAUGCCGCUCUCUCCCGAGCGGAAGUCGACGAACUUGAGUUUGAACCACUUGAUCGCCGCACGGUCAUGGUGGGUGAUGUUGUUACGCCAACUUUCAUGUAG